UUUUUCUGUCUCCGUCUCUUGAAUUGAAAGAGACCCCAUUUCUUCAUUUUCUCCUAAUAUUAUUAUUAUUACAAAGAAACCAAAGUCUUACCCAUUUGAACCCUUGAAUUCAAAUAAUUUCUCCGUGUUAAGAAGAAAACCCAUAAUUCCCUUUUGCUUCUCCGUCCAACUAAAACCCUUCCGAAUCUUAUUUGGUUGAAUUUUAAUCAACAUUUCCUGUCUGGGUUUUCUUUCUCCCUUUUAGUCCCCACAAAUACUUUAGUUUUUCGAAUUUCAAAAAACAGGGGGAAGAAACUACAGAAAAAGAAGCAAGAAUGAGAAAAUGGAGUUUGUGGGCAAAUCCGUGAAGAAAGAGUUUAAAGGAUUUGGUCUUCAGUCCGGCACUGUUGAUUCCUUUGAUUCCUCAUCUGGGGUUUUCAAGAUCCUUUUCGAGGACGGCCAUUCGGAGGAAAUUGACAUUCAUCAAGUUGCUUCUCUUGUCAUGGCUGAUGCUUCUAACACAACCCUUGACCCGAGAUCCAACCCUGAGUUUGAGGUUGUCCGUGAGAAGCCGAGGGUUGGAAGGCCCAGAAAACGACGCCGUGUUCAGAGGAAAGUUCGUGUUUGUCCAGGUACUGCAAAUAAAGAAACCCUAGCUCUUAAUACCAGUUUGAAUUUAAAUACAAAUGUUGAUCUGAAUGAAGGUUUUGCUGGGGAUUUGAAGGAGGAUGAGGUUAUUGAUGGGAAUUUGAAGGAGAAUGAGGGUAUUGAUGGGAAUUUGAGUGAAACUCUAGAUGAUAAGGGAAUUGGAUCUAUGAGGGAUUUGAAAUUGAAUAGGAAUGGGGAUAUUGAAAUGAAAAAUGAGUUUGACUUGAAUUCUUCUGGGUUUGAUUUGAAUCUUAAUGAUACUUAUUGCAUUAAUAAUCAUUUAAAUGAUAAUGGAAUUUCUUGUGGCGGGGGAGAGAAUGUGAAGAAGAGAGGGUUUAUUGAUUUGAAUUUGGACGCUAGUUGCAAUUUGGAUGAUAAUAUCAAUCUUAAUUGCAAAACCCAAGGGAAGGAAUGCGGUUUUGAUUUGAAUUUAGGGGCUGAUGAGGAGGUUGACAAAGAUGCUAUUGAUGGUAACUGUGGAUGGCAAGUGGAAGUGAGGGAAUCUACCACUUGUGCAGAGAUACCGAAAGAAACAAAGACAAUGGAGCAAAAUGAUGUUGCAGAGGGUGUUUCUAACAAGGAAUUGAAAAAAGAUCAUUCAGAUUUUAGCUCUGCUGAAGGAAUCCUUGAGAAGGGUGCUGUUGUGGAUCUGGAUGUCGUCAAGGCUGAUGGUUGUGGCACAGUUGGGUUAGAGGGUGUCCCUGAGUCUGGUGCUGCAGUAAUUGAUGGGUGCCAAGUUGAUAACGGAAGUGCAUUCAAACAAGCUAGUGGUCGGAGAAAGAGAACAAAGGUUGGAAAGGACUUGGAUUCUUCAACAGAAAGGGUCUUAAGAAGAAGUGCUCGUAGAGGGUCUUCUAGAAAUCGUGUUUCAAGCUCACCACCACCUGCAACAUGUGUCGUUUCUGGUUUGGCAACAUCUCCUUCAGUUAGCGCAGUAACAGAGGUGAAACCAAUUAGUUCAGGUCAUAAAGUGUCUGAAGGGCCUGUUGUUCUUCCUCCAAAACUGCAACUACCACCAUCUUCCAAGAAUUUGAAUUUGGAUGGGAUUUCUGUACUUGAUAUUUUUUCUAUUUAUGCUUGUUUGCGGUCAUUUAGUACUUUACUAUUUUUAAGUCCCUUUGAGUUGGAGGAUUUUGUGGCUGCACUGAAGUGCCAGUCUCCCAGCACAUUAUUUGAUUGUAUUCACGUUUCCAUUUUGCAAACUCUGAAAAAGCAUUUGGAGUACUUAUCUAAUGAAGGUUCUGAAUCUGCUUCUGAAUGUUUAAGGAGUCUUAAUUGGGGUUUCUUGGACUCUAUUACAUGGCCCGUUUUCUUGGUCGAGUAUCUACUCAUUCAUGAUUCCGGAUUGGGUUAUGGUUUUGAUCUUACUAGUUUGAAACUAUUCAGAAGUGACUAUUAUAAACUACCUGCAUCUGUUAAGGUUGAGAUACUUAGGUGUUUGUGUGAUGAUUUGAUUGAGGUUGAAGCUGUAAGAUUGGAGAUUAAUAGAAGGUCUUUGGCAUCUGAGCCUGACAUGGAUUUUGAUCGAAAUAUGAACAAUGGGGUUUGCAAGAAAAGAAAAGUUUCCAUGGAUGUAUCAGGUGGAUCUAGCUUAAGUGAGGAUAUAAUUGAUGACACUACUGACUGGAAUAGUGAUGAUUGCUGCCUUUGUAAGAUGGAUGGGAGUUUAAUAUGCUGUGAUGGCUGUCCUGCUGCUUACCAUUCAAAGUGUGUAGGUGUUGUGAAUGCUCUUUUGCCAGAAGGUGACUGGUAUUGCCCUGAAUGUGCAAUUGAAAGAGAGAAGCCUUGGGUGAAACCUCGUAAAUCACUUAGAGGAGCGGAGCUUUUGGGCAUUGAUCCUCAUGGUCGGUUAUACUAUAACAGCUCUGGUUACUUGUUGGUGUUAGAUUCAUUUGAUGCUGAAUACCCAUCAAAUUACUACCAUAGAUGUGACCUCAACCUUGUACUUGAUGUGCUAAAAUCUUCAUGCCAGUAUAGUGACAUACUAAAAGUAAUUUGCAAGCAGUGGGAUGUAGCUGUUGGCUCAAAUGGUGCUAGUAAUAACUUUGAAUCUCUGAAUUCUUCUUGUUCAGAGACACGUAGAAAGGGACAAAUUCCAACUGUUGGCUCAUCCCUGCCAACUGUUUUUUCUGCAGAAAUAUGUACCAUAAAGAAUGAGGCUGCUUCUGGUGGAAAUCCAGAAGCGAAAGGAGUUGCUGGAAAUUCUGGUCAUCAUGAUAUUGAGGUGGCAGAGUCGGCAAACAUGUUGGAUUUGGUGGCUGGAACAGAAAUUCCACAUAUGAGUUCUGAAGGGUCAGCUGAAACAAUGCAAAUGGGUUCAGUCUUUCCUAACUUUCGGGAACAGGGAUCUGUUGAGGUCUCAAACCAAUUUGAGAUACCAGGAAGCUGUUCAACUCUUGAAGACGGUUCUUUGGUAUCUGAUGCUUUAGAUGUUAAGCAAGAAAGCAAGAGAAAGUUAGCUUCUCCCCAUGCUUCACGUGUCAUAAAUGCAAAAAGAGGUGAUGCAUCGCAAUUGCAGCCUGGGAAUGGCUACAUGAACCACUAUAGUUUUGCCCAAACUGCCACAUUAGUUGUAGAAGAGUUAAUGCGUAAGCCAGCAGAAAAAACAAAUGAUGAUUCCCUUUUAUCGCUGGAGGAGAUAAUUGCGAUGCAGAUGAAGGUUAUUUUGAAGAAAUCCAACAGGUUUCAUUGGCCGGAUAUUCAUAAUAUAUAUGUAGAUGCUCGUAAAGAAAAUUGUGGGUGGUGCUUCCCCUGUAGAUAUCCUGUGGAUGAUACAGAUUGCUUGUUUAAAAUUGCUUUGGGUUGUGUUCCGCAAGUUUCAAAAAGUGAGAUGGUUGACCUUCAGUCAAGGUGGAAUAAAAAGGGCCAUGUUAUUGAUGUCAUGUGUCAUAUAUUUUCCAUCGAAAAUCGUUUGGAUGGGCUUCUUUCGGGUCCAUGGCUGAAUCUACACUACAUGAAGAUCUGGCAUAAAAGCAUUCUCAAGGCAUCUAGUAUUGCAUCUGUUAAACAUUUAUUGCUAACGUUAGAGGCAAACCUGCAUCAUCUUGCUCUUUCAACAGACUGGAUGAAACAUGUGGAUUCUGCUGUCACUAUGGGUUCAGCUUCUCAUAUUGUGAUUGCUUCAAGUCGUGGAUCUGCCAAGCAUGGUAUUGCAAGAACUUCGAAUCCUGCUGUUGGACCAAGUAUUUGUUGGUGGAGAGGUGGUACGUUUUCUCGUCAGUUGUUCAACUGGAAGGUUUUACCUCGCUCUUUGGUUUCCAAGGCCGCUAGGCAAGGUGGAGGCAAAAAGAUACCAGGCAUACUCUAUCCUGAGAGUUCAGAUUUUUCAAAGAGAAGCAAAUCUGUUACAUGGCGAGCUGCUGUUGAGUCAUCAACUAAUGUACAACAACUUGCUUUCCAGGUAAGAGAACUUGAAUCAAACAUUAGGUGGGAUGACAUCGAAAGCUCACAUGCUCUUGCUACAGUAGACAAGGACUUUAAGAAAUCAAUUAGACUGUUCAAGAAAUGUGUUGUCCGCCGAAAAUCCAUAGAGGGAGAUGUGGUGAAGUAUCUUCUUGAUUUUGGGAAGAGGAGAAUCAUCCCUGACAUUGUCAAAAGAUGUGGGACUGUUGUUGAAGAAUCUUCAAGUGAAAGAAAGAAAUAUUGGUUGAAUGAAUCUUAUGUGCCCUUGCAUCUUGUGAAAAGUUUCGAAGAGAGGAAAAUUGCCCGGAUGUCUAAUAAGAUGAUUUCUGAAAAAUCUACUGAGAUCAGUAGGGUGGCAAAAAAGUCAUCAAAGAACAAGGGUUUCGCCUAUCUCUUCUCUAAAGCAGAAAGGUCAGAGUAUUAUCAAUGUGGGCAUUGUAACAAAGAUGUCUUCAUCAGGGAAGCCGUCUGCUGUCAGCAUUGUAAGGGAUAUUUUCAUAAGAGGCACGUUAAAAAAUCCGCUGGAGCUAUCAUUAGUGAGUGCGCAUAUACAUGCCAUCGCUGCCAAGAUGGCAAGUCGAGUGUCAAUGCAAAAAAAGGUGGUAAUGUCAUGAAAAGAGGAAAGGGUGACACACAGGGGCGGAAGACGAGCGCAAAAAGUGCAAGGAAACUGCCACAAAAAGGUAAAAGGGCUAAUGAAAAGUUACUGACAGUACGAAUGUCACUGCGGUCACAUAAGGAUAAAACGGCUGCUGCUGCUGUGCCACUGCGCCGUUCACCUAGGAAAAUAAAAUACGUUCCUUUGCAAAAGAAAAAGCCUGGUAGGUGCAAGAAAGGCAAAAGGAAACCAAAGAAGAAAGCACCAAAGAAGAUGAAGGAAAUUUCUUGGCAGAAGAAGAGAACAAGGGCUUACCGUAGUUACUGGCUUAAUGGUCUUCGGUUAACUAGUAAGCCAGACGAUGAACGGGUGAUACAAUUUCAAAGAAAAUUGGUUUUUGCUCCUUCUGAACAUAUGACUGUCACCCCUGAUCCACCCAGAUGUCUUCUUUGUUGUGAAUCAGGAUAUGCAUCUAAUUCAAACUAUAUUGCAUGUGAAAUUUGUGAAGAAUGGUUUCAUGGAGAUGCUUAUGGGCUUAAUUCAGAGAACAAAAGCAAGAUUAUCGGAUUUCGGUGUCAUGUCUGCCGUAAGACGACCCCUCCUCUCUGUCCCAGUAAGGUGGCCAAAAGAGUUGAUGAAUCUCAAUUGGCUGAAUUACAAAAUGGUGUUGGUACCUAGAACUGAAUCUUCUGAGGAAGUAACAUGGUGCCCUCUCUCCUUUCCAGGUUACAAGUCAGAUUCCCAACUUGGGAUAUAAAUUCAAACAAAAUGGGACUGCUUUAAUGAGAAGCAAAGUAUAGGUGCUUGACAAAUUUUUAACAAUGAAUUGAAACCAUAUACAGUAACAUUAACAUUUGAUGGGAAGUUAUGUCACAAGAUAGUAGAAUCGAUACAGGACCUGAUGCUCCUGCAACUGUGGAUGAGGCAGAGUGCCAUUACCAUGAUGAUCUGCAGUAUUCAAUUGAAGCUUAAAUCGGAAUCCUCAGGUUUCACAGCAAUCAUUUGAAAGACAGUUACCGGUGGAGCCUCUCCCUAAUCGCAUUCAUAUAAGUUAGCAGAUCUGUUAAAUUUGUUAGAUGAUGGGACAAAACAACUUAGGGUAGAUUUUCAGUCUAACUUUUAACUGGUGUAACAGGACUGAGAUAUUGUGGUAGGG